GUCAAACUCAAAGCUGCGGAAACUGCGGGAUCAGAAGAAGACGAGAGUGGCUGUCAAGGAGGCCGGCGCGGCGACAAUCUAUGAAAUGACCCUAGAUCAAGAUAAGGAAGACCAGACGAAGAAGUAUGUCUUGCGGCAUACAACUGCUCGGGUGGAGAUGAACCGCAUCACAGCCAAUCCACCAAGACAAACAUGGUGGGCAAGUGCCACUGAUCUCCUAGCACGUGCCAUUGAUCUCCUUCCCCUAGCACGAGCUAAACCACAUACGCUAGGCUCCCUUGAGCUUACCACCGAAGAUCUUGUCCAGCACCUCACGGCGGGACGAAGGUGGGCUGAUGGAGGUCUUGUAGCAGUCGAAAAAGCACUCGCGGGAAUUUGCAUCAAACUUGACGUUAGCAAGAACAUGAAGGAUAUGGUGGCACC